UAAAACUGUAUGGAUUAGAAAACGAAGUUUGUGGCAAAGACUCAAUUCCUUUCUAGACCCAACAACUUAAUUCCUAGACCAAACUAUGGAGUACCCGGACCAAACUAUCAUACUCUUGGUCCCAAUUCUAGGAAUCCUGGCCCAAACUAUAAUAGUCGUGGCCCCAACUAUGGGACUCGAAGACAAAACAUAAGGUAUCGGAGACCCAAUAAUCAAAUUCCUAGUCAUCCCCCAAACUAUGGAACUGCAAGACCAAACUAUAAUUCUAAUUUUGAGAUUCCAGUCACCGUUUCUAACAAAGGAUUUUCGAAUCCCAAAAUUCCUAAUGUAAACGUUGGAAAAGCAGAGUUUACAGGCACGAAUUUUGAUGCCAAGGUUGUUCAUAAUUAUAUGCAGAGUAGAGCGGAUAUUGGAACCAAAGAAAUUGAUACUGGAACAACUGAAUCUAACCUUGCAGCUAAAAAAGCUGCUCUGGGAACCCAAGAAACUGAUAUUGGAACAACUGAAACCUAUCUUGGAACUGAAAAAGCUGUUCUGGGAACUCAAGAAGAUCUUGAAAACCCAGCAUCGAACAUUGAAACUCGAACUGGAACACGAGAGUUAAAAAGUUUUCAAGAUUGGAACUCAUUUGAUGUAGGAGUCGAUGAUAUUGAACCUACUCAACAAACUAAACGUGUUCAACCUAAAAGACUAGAAAAUAAAAAUGUACUUCCAUCAAAUAGACAUUUUUCCAAAACACCUAAUAUGAGAGCACGACACCGAGUAAGGAACGAAGAAGGUCGAGCUGAAUUUCGAGAAUAUUUAUACAGGAGAGAGAACGAUUCCAUGACUGAUCAAAAUGAACAAAUCUACAAUGAUUCUCCUGAACAACAAGUUUAUGGAGAACAUGAGUUGAAUCAAGUUAAUUCUGAUGAUCGGAGUAUCUGGCCAAGGAAAUAUAUUCCAAAUAAAGAUAACAUCAACGAUGGAGUUCAUGACGACCAAAGAAAUGUAGAAGAGUUUAACAAAGAUCUAGAAGAAGGCCGUGUUCACGAAAUGGAAAAUGAAUUUGUUAAAGCAAGAGAGGCAAAUUUUGACAUAACACCGCUUACCUUACAACCAAAGGAAUGA